UAGUAUUAAAAUUGCUACACACUUUCCCUAGACCUUUUUCUUUCUUAGCUUUUUUGUGUUUGGUAUUUUUCCUAAUUUUUAAAUUUCUUGUUGAUUCCCUAAUGUUAAAAUUGUUAGACAGAAAACACACGACGAACUACACGGGAAUGUACAAACGUUCCUUGAAAUCCGCCAUUGGGAUCAUCCGCGGCAGCCACCUGGCAUGCCGUCCAGAGCAGGUGCUACCAAGCAGGGCGGAGAGUCAAGAAUGGAAGGUCAAUCAGGACGACCAGAAGAUCCUGCCAGUGAUACGAAAAAAUAUAUUCAUUCAAAAAGGUAUUGCCGGAAACUUUAUUCAAAGAAUAGCAACUUCCAAUAGCCACCCGAAAAUCCUUCUGAGGCAGCGUCAACUUCUUAAGGACCUGGAGUUGCAGGAUAUCACAUGCCUGGCCAAAAAAUCCCCAAAAUCGGAUUCGAAAAAAUGCGCCAAAAUUGAGAAAAAAGGAGGAAAGAAAGGAGGUCCUUGCGGAAGCGGCGGGAAGAAAGGAGGCAGCGGCGACAAGGAUGGCAAAUGUGGCAAAGAAGUCAAGAAAGUGAUUUCAAAAGAAGACGAAAUAAAAAAGAAAUGUGCGGAAUAUAUCCGAAAAAUGGAGGAAGCUGAACUGAAAAGGAACUGCGAAAAAUUGGCCAAAAAGAAGGAGGAAGCAGAAAGAAAGAAAUGCGCCAAAAUGCCAAAAGUAGAUGAAUGUGCCGAAGAGGCCAAAAAAGAGAAAGCCAAGAAAGCGGAUGCCGCCCAGGAGGCAAAAGAUGCGGAAGAAUUGAAGAAGAAUUGCGCCGAGUUGGCCGAGAAGGAAAAAUGCGCAGGCAUGGCGAAGAAUAAGAAGCAGGAGGACAUCAAAAAGAGAUGCGCAGAACUGGUCAAGAAGGCAAAGGAAAACGUAUGCGGGAAAUCAGCUACAAAGAAAUGCCCCAAAAAGAAAAUCUCCAAAGAGAAGACUGCCAAAGGCGAUAAGAAAUCGGCGGAGAAAAUGAAAGAGAAAAUGGAGACGGUGACGAAAAAGAUGUGCGCCAUUUUGAAACAGGACGAGGAGGCUGCAAAGUGUAAGAAAAUGGCGGAAAAAGCAAAAAGUGGCGGAAAGAGUGAUGCCAAGAAAGGUGGAGCCAAAGACGGAGGAGCCAAAGGCGGAAGUGGGUCCAAGGACGGGAAGAAGUGUUAAUUUCGCUAUUGGGGCUAUCGGGUCUAAGGAAAACUUGUCACAAUAAUUAUAAAAAAAAAUAUAUAAUAAUUCACACUUA